CACAACCUUUCACACAAACCAAACCAAACCAACCAUUCAAGAAAACAGAAAACACUACUAGUUGUACUAUCACAACUUAGAACAAGAAGAUGAUGAGCCUUGGCACUAACGGUUAUGCUUCACCGGCGGCGAGGAAGAUGGGCUACGAUGUAGCGGAGGGCGUCGACAUAAGGGGACGAUACGACGAAGAGUUUGCGAGGAUUUUGACAAAGGACGCUCUGCGAUUCGUCGCUGAAUUGCAGAGGGAGUUUAGGAACCAUGUCAAGUAUGCAAUGGAGUGUAGGAAGGAGGCCAAGAUGAGGUAUAAUGCUGGUGCGCUGCCUGGGUUUGAUCCCGCUACGAGGUGUGUGAGGGAGGGGGACUGGACUUGUGCCGCUGUGCCGCCGGCCGUGGCGGAUCGGAGGGUGGAGAUUACGGGCCCGGUGGAGAGGAAGAUGAUUAUCAAUGCACUCAACUCUGGAGCUAAAGUUUUCAUGGCCGACUUUGAAGAUGCGCUCUCACCAAGUUGGGAGAACCUUAUGAGAGGACAAGUUAACCUGAAGGAUGCUGUAGAUGGAACUAUAAGCUUCCGUGACCAGGCCAGGAACAGGGUUUACAAGCUUAAUAAUCAGAUCGCUAAACUUUUUGUCCGCCCAAGAGGUUGGCACCUGCCUGAGGCUCACAUGUUCAUCGAUGGUGAACCGGCAAUUGGUUGCCUUGUGGACUUUGGCCUCUAUUUUUACCACAACUAUGCAGCAUUCUGUCGGAACCAAGGUGCAGGGUUCGGACCUUUUUUCUAUCUCCCUAAAAUGGAACACUCAAGGGAAGCUAGAAUAUGGAACAAUGUCUUUGAGAAGGCAGAGAAAAUGGCUGGAAUAGAAAACGGUAGCAUCAGAGCCACUGUUCUAAUCGAAACACUUCCAGCUGUGUUCCAAAUGGAUGAAAUCCUCUAUGAGCUAAGGGAUCACUCAGUUGGCUUGAACUGUGGUAGGUGGGAUUACAUAUUCAGCUACGUCAAAACUUUCCAGGCUCACCCUGAUCGCCUGCUACCAGAUAGGGUUCAAGUUGGCAUGACUCAACAAUUCAUGAGGAGUUACUCUGAUCUCCUCAUCAGGACUUGCCAUAGGCGUGGUGUGCACGCCAUGGGAGGCAUGGCAGCUCAAAUUCCAAUUAGGGAUGAUCCAGCAGCAAAUGAGGUAGCACUGGAACUGGUAAAAAAGGAUAAGCUAAGAGAGGUAAGGGCAGGGCAUGAUGGAACUUGGGCAGCCCACCCGGGGUUGAUUCCAGCCAUCAUGGAAGUCUUUAACAGCAACAUGGGCAAUGCACCUAACCAAAUCCAAACCAUGAAGCGAGAAGAUGCUGCAAACCUGACUGAAGAAGACCUCUUGCAGAGGCCUAGAGGGGUCCGAACGAUGGAAGGCCUCCGGCUCAACACCCGGGUUGGAAUCCAGUACGUGGCAGCAUGGCUCACAGGAACCGGGUCGGUUCCUCUUUACAACCUCAUGGAGGAUGCUGCUACUGCUGAGAUUAGCAGAGUUCAGAACUGGCAGUGGCUGAAAUAUGGAGUGGUGUUGGAUGGAGAUGGGCUUGGUGUGAAAGUGAGCUUGGAUCUCUUUGGAAGGGUGGUUGAAGAAGAGAUGGCUAGGAUUGAAAGAGAAAUCGGUAGAGAAAAGUUCAACAAGGGAAUGUACAAGGAGGCUUCCAAGAUAUUCACUCGGCAAUGCACAACUCCGAUGCUCGAUGAUUUUCUGACCCUAGACGCCUACAACAAUAUCGUCAUCCAUCACCCCAAGGGAUCCUCAAGGCUUUGAAAAAUAUUGUCAUAUGGGAACCAAUGUGAAACAUCACGAGUUUUCAGGAUUCUUGUUAUUGCUGUGUGUUCUGGUUGUGCUUUGUUGUCUGCUAUAUGGCUGCUACAACUGCUAGUACUAAUAAUAUAAUAAUUUCUAGUAAUUUUUGGAGCUGUUUUUUAUUAUGUUUUUACUUCCUGAUGUACUAUGGAUGAAAUUUGUGAACAUUCAAUAAAUAUCAAGACUGUCAAUCUUGGUGUGUUUCGGUUUGCA